ACGUAAACGGAUUCUGAUUUCCUGAAUUCUGUAUUUUGACUUUUGGGUCCCUUAGUACAUAAAAUCAAAUAAUUAAUUGGUUAAAAUAUAGUAUUACUGAACUGAUUUUUCUGUGAAACUGUAAUUUAUAAUACAUUGGUCUAUUGUAAUGAUUUAAAAGAACAUGGCCGAUCAAACUUUAAUCCACGAUGAUAUAAAGCUAUAUACAACGGCUGAAAAAUUCUAUUUCAAGCCAACAAUAAACCCAACUGAGAUACUGGUUAUUGAUAGAAUAUCGGCAGAAGCCUGUGUUAAAGGAAUAAAUGAAGUGAAGAUUCCGAUUCCAGCGAAUGCAUAUAAGCCUGUCUGCGGGUUCCUUGGUUCUAUCAAACUAAUAUCCGGACAUUAUCUGGUUGUUGCCAAGUACAGAAUAGUAGUGGGGAAAAUAAAUGGUCAUGAUAUAUACAAACUGGCAGGUACAGAUAUAAUACCGUAUGCAAGAUCUACGACGCACCUCACCAACAAACAGAUAGAUGACAACAAUGCGUACGAGCGAUUGUUACGUGCGGCGCUGGACAUGCCGGGGAUGUACUUCUCGUACGGGUACGACCUCACGCACACCAUGCAACGGCUACAUUCCGUUGCGCCGGAGUUCCACAAGAUGUCACUAGCCAGCCGGGCAGAUUCUCGGUUCGUCUGGAACGGACAUUUGCUGAAACACUUUUCACACGAACAGUUCGCAAGAUUUACUUUACCAAUCAUUGUGGGAUUUGUCGCAAUAAACAAUGUGACAAUAUCGGGUCACCAGCUGACCUGGACCCUAGUGUCGCGACGCUGCGUAGACCGUGCAGGGACCAGGCUGUUCAUGAGAGGCAUCGAUGUACAGGGCAACGUAGCGAACUUCGUGGAAACAGAGCAGAUAGUUGAGCGUGGCGCGGGUGGAGAGAAGUCAUCGUUCGUGCAGACGCGGGGCUCGAUCCCGCUGUUCUGGAGCCAGUUCCCGGACCUCAAGUACAAGCCGCCCAUGUCGCUGGCGCACGAAGACCACGUCAGUGCCUACACAAAGCAUCUGAGGGAUCAGCUGCAGCGAUACGGGAGCCAGGUGCUCUUGAAUCUGAUUGAUCAGCGCGGCAAAGAGGAGGUGUUGGAACGCGGCUACCGCGCCGCAGUGGCCGCCGCAGCGUUGCCGCAGGUGCGGUACGAACCGUUCGACUUCCACGCCGAGUGCCGCGGCAUGCGGUACGAUAGGCUCAGCGUGCUAAUGGACAGGGUGGCACAUGAACAGACGGAGUUUGGCUACUUCCUAUCUCGAGGAGGUUCAGUUCUGCUGCGUCAGACCGGCGUGUUCCGCACCAACUGCGUCGACUGUCUGGACAGGACCAACGUCGUGCAGAGCAUGCUGGCGAGGCGGCACCUGACCGCACUGCUGCGAUUGCUGGUCAUCACUAACGACGACCAGAUACCGCACUUCGAUGUGUUGUUCAACUCCAUCUGGGCAGACCAUGCGGACAUGAUAUCGAUGCAGUAUUCGGGGACAGGCGCUCUUAAGACCGACUUCACUCGAACGGGCAAACGCACUCGGAUGGGCCUGGUGAGGGACGGCAUAAACUCGCUCACUAGAUACUACAUGAACAACUUCAGUGACGGAUAUAGACAGGAUUCAAUAGACCUGUUUCUUGGCAAGUAUGUGAUUGUGGACGGUGAGGGCAACACUGCACUGUGCCCCCUGCGACGAGACAGGGACUGGAAAUACUACACGUUCCCGUCCGUGCUGCUUGUGGCCAUGUCGAUGUUCUGCGCGAGCGCCGUCCUGCCGUCUCGCUCGCACACUGAGCUACUGCUCUACCUCAUGUUCUGGGGCGCGGCCGUCGGCGCCACGCUCAAGUUUAUGUUCAGACACGGCAAGGAGUUUGUGGACUGGCCCCGGCUGGAGUGUGGCGGCGUCGCCACGAGCCGGUCUCAGCCGCAGCCGUCGUUAUGAUCAGCGACCUGCCGCUCGUAGUCAUCGUCUAAAUCGCCGCCUUAUUACUACCAAAUACUACUAUAAACUACCACUUAACUAUAAAGCGCUUCUUACCGUAUUUUAUCACAAUCAUUUUUCUGAGUGUUUUGGUCCGCAUAUUUAACUAUUUAUCGCUAAAUUCUGGUUAUGAUUAUUUAAGGACUCGGUAGUAGCAACGAAUUUUACUUUAACUAUUUGACAUAUAUUACAUAUUACUACAAUAUUAAAUAUUUAUUUAUCAAAAUGGUUCGUUAACUCCCGUACAUGUGUUGACCGAAUGGGGUUGUCAGAAGUCUAGGCUGGUUAUUAGUUUUGGCAAAGCUGACUGACUGUGUAAAAAGUUUAUUUUAAAGAUAGAAGAGAACAACAAAAAAAAAAGGUUUCACUCCGUCAGGGUUCAGUGCCGGCAGAAGUGAAAACUUGAACAUUAACGUUGUGCAGUUUUGAAUAUUUGGAAUGGUUAGGGAAUAAUUUUGCACGAAUUGCUUUAUUUAUCAGUAUAAAAGUACUAGCACAUAAAUAUGUGGUUAAAUACAAUAUUCAUUUAUUGCGCUAUCGUAUACAAAAAUGACAAUUAAUAUUGCAUGAAAAAUUUAACACUUUAUAACUAAUUAUUAAACAUUAAAGAGUAUCUCUCAGAAAAAUCAACUUUAAUCCAUAAUUUCAACGACUGUCUCACGAAUUUUUGAUCAGGUCACGUGUCCUGAUGCGAAUUUAAAUUGUAUACUCAAGUAAAUGCUGAGCACGCACCGCUAAAGAUGUUUUCACUUCAAUAAUACUUUUUUUUCUUUUUUUUUUAUGAUAAUAAGGGACAAGACGAGCAGGACGUUCAGCUGAUGGUAAUUGAUACGCCCUGCCCAUUAAAAUGCAGUGCCGCUCAGGAUUAUUGAAAAACUCAAAAAUUCUGAGCGGCACCACAAUUGCGCUCGUCACCUUGAGACAUAAGAUGUUAAGUCUCAUUUGCCCAGUAAUUUCACUAGCUACGGCGCCCUUCAGACCGAAAGACAGUAAUGCUUACACAUUACUGCUUCACGGCAAAAAUAGGCGCCGUUGUGGUACCCAUAUUGUAGCCGGCAUCCGGUGCAAAGGAGCCUCCCACUGGAAAAAACUAUAUACAGCGUGGCCCUAUAAUGGCGACAUUAAGUGAACACGUGGGUAGUGCUAUUUAACCUUAAUCGUGAAAAAAUAAUGUAUUAUUUUUAUUUAUGUCAUGGUUACGUAACAUAUGUUUAUGAAUAAUAUCGUGAAUUCUGAAUACUUCAUUCUUAUGUGUUUCUCAUCACAAUAUGAACACAAUUAAAGUCAUUCAAAUUUGUCAAUCAUUUGCUGCUUUCUGUGGAAUAUUUUGACUUUUUUUUCUUCAUAAAUGUGUUCAGUAAUAGUUCCUAAUCAAACAGUUACAUUAUCAUACACACAUAAAUAAAAUAUUUUCACACUUUACACUUUUUCGACUGCUUUAUAUUUUGAUUAAUGAAUAAAAUAUUAGAUUUAUGUUUCAAGUGAAAGAAAGUUACAGCUAGGUGAUAUUUCGAUUGCAAAAAGAUUUGGUUUGACGAGGCAAAUUUUUGUUGUAUAAUAAUUAUUGUGGUAUAGGGCGAUUGAUGCGAGCGGCAUAUAACAAUAUUUAGAAAUAACAUUUGUGUAUGAAAUGAGAACAAAAGUACUUAUGCAUAAUAUGUUGUAUCCGAUACUUUGUUAUCGCAUUAUUUUAAUACUGAAAUAUAAUAAUAAUUUAAUGCUGAAAACAUAACGCAAAGUAUAAUUAUUAAAAUUUUUAAAAUCAACAACCGACGUGAAUUGUAUAAACGGCCAUCUUGGCGGCCAUGUCUUAUGACGUCAUUGUUCACAUCAACAAGCACAGAGGAUUGGAUGAAAAUUUGUCAUUUGCCGCCAUACUUUUAAUUUAAAUAUUUUCCAACAAAUGGCAGUGUUUUUUAAAUAUUUGAAACAUUAAUAAAAAAAAAUUGGAGGCUCAUUAAAAAAAAUUAGUUAAUAGACUUUAAUGUUGUUUCUUUAGUCAUUCCUGAUUUGUGAACAGUGGUCUCACAGACUCAUCGGAGAAUUGUUAAUAAUAGAUUCAGAAUACCCGGAACAUAAUGAUAAUAGUAUGUGUAUAGCAGUUAUGUGUUUGUUUUACUUAAUUCAUGCUUAUUAUGAAAAGGUAUUUUGAAUUCCAUAUAGAGAUUAUAAAAAUGGUGUGUUCUUAAGACCACAUGACACACAAAAUAUAAUACUUUUUUUGUCCUAUAUUCAUAGAGUCAUAAACAUUUUCAAUAUAUAUAAUUAUGAUUGUGUAUAAAAUACUUUGGUUGAUUUUGAGCUUACUGACUGUCAUCCCUCAGUUGAUUCGAGCCCACUUUACUAGAAGAAGUGUUACACAGCCCAGUAUUACAGCUCAGUCUCAUUCAAUACCCACAUAAUAUACUUCUUUUAACACCACAUAUUUACUUUUUAUUAUUAAUAAGUUUUACUUCAAAAAGGAUAAACUCUUUGUAAUAUAUCAUUUCAAUAGAGCAAGGUGCAAUGAAUGAGUUAAACAAUAACACACAAAUUGUAAGUUAUAAUGCAGAUAAAGUUUCAUAUUCUUAAAAUGUAUCGAUGACAUAUAUUUUAAGCUUUGUAUUUUGGCUAUCUUUUCAGUAUUAAAAGUGAUGAACGGGAAUUUAUUUCAAUACAGUUCAUUUCAUGAUUUUCCACAAAUUCAAAUAUUUUUAUUCAAAAUAGGAUGUCACAUCACUUAUUGAAAGUCAAAAAACUACCACCCAUUCCAAAAUGAAUGCCUCAGGCCUGAGAAGAAUGGGCGCAACAAACUCAGCUGCCUUUUUGCUUGUUUUUCAUCAAAAAUAUGUUUUACAAUUAAAGUAACAUUUACAAAGUAACAUUGUAUAAUUAACUUAUUAUUUAAUAGCCUGAGGGCGGUCGCUCCAUUCCCGAUCUGUGAUAUCAUUAAGAAAGUCAUUUAUGUUAUAGUAACCUUUACCACACAAACGUUUUUUAACAAUUCUUUUGAAUAACGUAAUACUUUUGUUUUGAACACUCUCUGUGAUCCUGUUGUAAAAGCUUAUACAUCGCCCCACAAAAGACUUGUUAGCUCGACUUAGUCAAGUAGUAGGCAUUAUAAGCUUAUGUCUGUUCCUGGUAUUAACAAAUUCACUUAUGUGCCUAUGAACAUACAUUACAUUAUCAAGAAUAUAUGUCUGCCUUAUAUAGUCUGAGACUUGUAAGUAGAUAUACUCCUGGAAUAAUGGUAAAUAUCUCGUUAAAUACUGUUAAUAUGGUUCAAAAUCAUUAUAAUAUGUUUGGUAUCAUUUUCAUCUCAAUAGAUGGGUGACCAUGUGAAAUUCUCUCUGCAUGACAUACAGGUGGCUAAUAUGUAAAUAUAUAUACUGUGUUAUUUCUAAAUAUUCAAGUUUGUAGGAUUAUGACGUGUUAGUUAAUCAACAAAUCAAUUUACCUCUAAAGGGUCCAUUUUUAUGUGAUUUAUGUUUUAGUCUUAGAUAAUUUAUACGUCUAGAUAGACUGUGACAGCUGCUGUGAACACGUCGAAAAAAAUAUAGGCGAACAGUUGACCUCUAUUCUCUUCAACCCACACUUGAGCAAAGUGACAAACAUAUCGCGAGUGUAAGACGUAGAUUGUCUAGUAAGUAAUAAACCUGGCCUCUUGUCAUGCGUUGCCUAACAGCAAAAGGCUCUAUGUAGACGUAUUAAAUAUCUAAAUUUUUAGUAUAUUAAUUUGUGAAGGAUUAUUUAAUUAAAUUAUUUCUAUUCGA